AUGUCGACGGCACCGACCGCAUACCCCUCGAACAAGAUUCCACAGCAUCCGUGGAAGUUCUUUGGAGCCAUUGCCACUACCCUCGAGCCCGAUCUGCGGAAACUCUGCGAGCUGGUGCGAAAGAGCCGGGGGCGGUUUCUCUCAACCGAUGGGAUCCCCACCCCGCAGCUCAUUCUUGCUGCGCUUCGUACUUGCCAAGGUGCUGCGAAUGCUAUACAUCCCUACCUCGCACAAAUACCGCCCCGGUCACCCAUGACCGCUUCCACCGCCUCGAACCUCCUCUCCCUCGACUUGGACCCCGCGGCAUCGGGGACCGCAAAAACAACAGCAAGCGCAAACGCCCCGGCGCUCGUCAGGGAUGCGAUUGAGUGCGUUUCUACCUCCGCAUACGCCAUUGUGGCACAUCCUCCGGUGUUCAUCACGCCCGAGGUGUUGGAUCUCUACGUGACUAUCCAAGCUAGGCUUGGCAGGCCUGAGACAUUGCCUGACGUAUUGGAGCUCUUUGCAUCCAAGCCCAAGCCGCGAGUCGUCGACGGCGCCAUCAGUUACGAACCUCAGAACCCCAAGCGGGCCGACAGGGCAAUCCAGGCGAGCACGGCCGAAGCGGCUCUGAAUUGUGCCAUCGAGGCGAGGGACCUGGAUGCGGCCCUGGGUGUCAUCGAAGCAUGCUACACUACAGAGGCGUUUGUCCGCCAGAAGCUCUUGAAGAAGGCGUUUCUUCCCGUCAGCGUCUUUGGCGCUGCCCCUUUCGCUGCUUAUGGCCUGGCGGCGACGCUCUCGACGUUUCAAAACACGAUUGAGCCCGCUACGGCCACCAAAUACGCGUUUGCCGGUGUCAUGGCCUAUGUAGGAUUUACCGCGACCAUCGGCAUGGUGGCCGCCAUUACCGCGAACGACCAGAUGAAGCGGGUCACCUGGGCCCCCGGCACUCCACUGCACACCAGGUGGCUCAGGGAAGAAGAGCGAGUAGCCCUGGACGACGUCGCCUGCGCGUGGGGGUUCAAGGAGAAGUGGCGACACGGAGAAGAGGCGGGCCCCGAGUGGGAUGGGCUGCGGGAGUAUCUUGGACUCAAGGGGAUGAUUCUCGACAGGGUUGAGUUUAUGGAAGGUAUGAGUUGA